AUGCGCCACACCGUCUUGGCGCUGAGCACGGCCCUGUGCCUCACGGCGGCCCUCGCCGUGCCGCUGGAGGUCGUCCACCCCGGCGCCCAGGACGCCGUCAUCCCCGCCGCCCAGCAGGCCGUCACCGCUGCGGAUGACACCACGCGGCAACAAACCGGCGCCGAGACCACGGCAGCCGCCAUCGAGGCCGUCCAGCACGAAGAGGUCGCCGCCAUGGAGCCGCAAGGCUUCGUAAAGCGCGCCGCAGUCCCUCUCCAGGACCAAGGCCUUGUCGACCUGGCACAGCUUGGCGCCCAUGCCGUGGGACAGGGUGUGGAGAACGGGGCUCACAAGUUCAACGCGGUGUUCGACGAGGGCAUCAUCAAGAAUCAAGCGUCGCGGCGCGGCCUGAUCGACGUGCUGGACCUCGAGGCCACCGCCAUUGGUAGCGGAGUCCUCAGCGGGAUCAAUACCUUCAACAAUGUGAUCAACAAUGGCAUCAACAAGCGGAAGCACCACCCAGUCCAGGCCAUGAUCCAGCCCCAGGGUGUUCAGCAGCCCGAGAUCCAACCUGACGUUGUUCAGCAGCACUCUCAGUUUCAGCAGCAGCCUCAGUUCAUGCAGCAGCCUCAGUUCAUGCAGCAGCAGCCUCAGUUCAUGCCGCAACAGCCUCAGAUCGUUCGGCAGCCCGUGUUCCAGCCUCAGAUCAUUCCACAGGGUGGCAUCCCCUACGAGGUGGUGCAGCAGCCCGCAAUUCAGCGGUACGCGUUCCAGCCAGAGGUCACCCCUCAGGUCCCUCAGAUCCAGACUGAGGUCUAUCCUGAAGCGGGCACACACCUCGCCCUCGCUGACCCCAGGAACCAGCGCGGCCUUUUCGACGUGUUUGACAUCGGGGCCGCCAUAGGCUCGGGCGUGCUCAGCGGAAUCAACACCUUCGGCAACGUGAUCGGGGCUGGGCUCAACAAGCGUCCGGUCCAGCAGACUGUGGUGCAGCCUCAGGUAGUUCCACAGGCCGCUUAUCACCCUGAGAUUGCUCAGCAGCAAACCACAUUCCAGACUCAAAACUUCCCGCAGUCCCAACCUCAGUAUUUCCAACAGUCCGGGUUCCAGCCUCAGAACUUCCAACAGUCAGCGAUACAGUCUCAGAUUACUCCAGGGAGCACCUUCUACGAGACGACUCAGCAGUCCGGACUCCAGCCGACCACGGUUCAGCAUGUCACGACGUUUCAGCCUCAGAUGAUUAGCCAGCCUGAGGUCCAGCCUGAGGUUCUCCAACCACAGGGGCAGCCACAGAUGCCUCAGAUCCAUCCUGAGGCCCAUCCUGAGGCCCAUCCUGAAGCAGCCGAUCAGAUCGGAGACCCCCGGACCCAGCGAGGACUGCUCGACGUGUUCAACGUUGGGGCCAACGCUGUUGGAACAAGCGUUCUCAGCGGGAUCAACUCCAUCAACGCUGUGCUCGGGAAUGGUCUCAACAAGCGCCCGGAGACGGUUCAGCAGUCUGCGUUCCAUCCCGAAAUCAUUCAGAGUCAGCAGACCUCGUUUCAGUCUCAGAAUUUUCAACAGCCCGGAUCCCAGCCCCAGGAUUUCCAACAGUCAACAAUCCAGACUCAGACUCCGGAGAACGGAUUCAGCUAUGAGAUGGUUCAGCAGCAGCAGCCCGGACAGAAACCGACUACAGUUCAGCAGUUCACGACGCUCCAUCCCGAGAUGGUUCAGCACCCUGAGGUCCAGCAUCAGAUUCCCCAAGGACAGACUGAUGCCCAUCCCGAAGUUCAGCACCCUGAGGAGGAGCAUCCGAUUGAAGUCCAGCACCCAGAGAUCCAGUCCCCGAUUCCCCAGGCCCAGACUGACGUCCAGCCCGAGAUGGUUCAGCACCCCGAGGCCUCCCACGUCAAGUCCGAGCCUGAGACGAUGCAGGACCUUGUGCGGCCUGACAUCUCCCAGGACGAGGCCCAUCCCGAAGCAACUCGUGAACUGCCCGAUGCCGCCAGGCCAGACCGCAGCUUGGUCGAGGGCCUCGACAAGGAGGCUGCAAAGGCCCAGGUUGAAGCGGCCGAGGCGGCUGAAGCUGCCGUCGAGAACGUCCAGCCCGCUGGAAAAAGCGAAGAGGCCAUCAAGGCCUGA